UGACCUCUGACUAAGAAAAGUCACCUCAUCUCACUCCUCAUUCAUUCAUCCUUCACCCCCUCAUUCCUUCCUCUGCUUCUUCUUCUUAUUCUUCUUCUUCUUCUUUCUGUCCUCUUCAUCCCAUCCUUUUUUUUCUUCUUCUCCGCUCUUCUUUUCCAUAUUUUAUCUAUUUCAUACUCACUUUUCAUUCUCAUUUUCAUUUUCAUUUUCUCCAACUGAUCUAUAUACAACAAAAACCAUGCCAGCCCCAAUCAACAACCAGGGCAUGGACCCCAACCCCCGCAAGAUGUGGGAACCCACCGACCUCGAGAACAAGGAGAUGGAAAAGUUCCGUCAAUUCGUCAACCAGAAGCACUCGCUCUCUCUCACCAACUACAGUGAUCUUUGGCAGUGGUCCGUGGACGAGAUCGAAGACUUCUGGACCGCCGUCUGGGAGUACACCAAUGUCAUCUCUUCGACCCCACACUCUGGACCUGUCGUGGAUGGAUCAGGUCCGAUGGACAACUUCCCGGCCUGGUUUGGAUCCGCUCGUCUGAACUUUGCAGAGAACGCCCUCUGGUGCAAGGACCCGACCAAGACUGCGAUCAUCGCCACGGGAGAAUUGCAAUCAAAGCCGACUCGAAUCUCUUAUGCGGACCUCUAUACCCGUGUCCGCCAGUGUGCCAAGGCUAUGCGCAAGGCUGGUGUCGUCCAGGGUGACCGUGUGGCGGGUUAUAUUUCCAACUGCCCAGAGGCGAUCAUUGCCAUGCUCGCGGCUUCGUCCAUCGGUGCGAUCUGGAGCUCGACCUCGCCUGAUUUUGGAACUGUCGGUGUGCUCGAUCGAUUCUCGCAGAUCAAGCCCAAGCUACUCUUCUCCGUCAACGCCGUUGUCUACAACGGUCGUCCUCAUGACCACAUCCAAAAGCUUCGCCAAGUCCUCGAAGGACUGGAUAUGGUCGAGAAGGUGAUCCUGAUUCCAUUCGUGCCUUCAGUGCCCUGCGACUCCUCCGCCGUGGAGAAGGGCAUGACCUGGUCAGAGUUCCUUGCCACCUCUGGAGAACCUACAGUAUCUUCAUCAGAAUCAGCACCAUCAUCAUCCAACACAACAGUAACACAGGACCAGGAACUCAUCGAAUUCGAACCUCUGCCUUUCAACCACCCACUCUACAUCCUCUUCUCAUCUGGCACAACAGGCAAGCCCAAAUGUAUCGUCCACUCUGCUGGUGGCAUGCUUCUCCAACACAAGAAGGAACACAUCCUGCAUGGAAACCUCAAUUCGUCGGAUAUCCUCUUCCAGUACACUACCACGGGUUGGAUGAUGUGGAACUGGCUCGUCUCCGGCCUGACCCUGGGCGCGACCGUCGUCCUUUUUGACGGCUCCCCUUUCAAACCCAGUCCCUCAGCCCUCUGGGAUUUGAUCGAUCAGGAGAAGGUCACGGCGUUCGGAACGAGUGCUAAAUACAUCCAGGCGAUCCAAGACGUCAAUUACUUCCCGAACCAACAGAACAACCUGACCUCGCUGCAUUCGAUCUACUCGACGGGAUCGCCGCUCAAGCCCGAAAGCUUUGAUUUUGUAUAUGAGCAUAUCAAGAAGGACGUCCUGCUGGGAUCCAUCACAGGAGGCACGGAUAUCUGCUCGCUCUUUGCGUCCCACAACGCAGCCCUCCCGGUCUAUCGCGGCGAGAUCCAGUGCCGCUCACUCGGCAUGAAGAUCGAGGCCUGGGCCGCACCCCAGAAGGCCGUCUUUGGUGAAUCCGGCGACCUGGUCUGCUCCCGUCUCUUUCCCUGCAUGCCCGUUUACUUCUGGGACGAUCCCGGACAUAAGAAGUACAGGGCUGCGUACUUUGACAACUACCCCGGUGUAUGGUACCACGGUGACUUUGUCUGGAUCAACCCCAACACCGGCGGAAUCGUCAUGCUCGGAAGGAGCGACGGUACCCUGAACCCGAACGGCGUGCGCUUCGGGUCCGCAGAGAUUUAUAAUAUCGUCGAUACCUACCCAGAAGUCGAAGAUUCCUUGUGUGUGGGCCAGAUCACCAAGGACGGAACGGAUGAGCGCGUGGUCCUGUUCUUGAAGAUCGUCAAGAAGAAUGACGGAAGCGAAGAGGUCGACGAGGUCGACGAGGUCGAUGAACCCUUGGACUUGGAGUUGGUCUCGAGGAUCAAGACCCACAUCCGUAACCAGCUCAGUCCACGCCACGUCCCGGCCUUUGUUCUCAAGACCACGGAUAUCCCCUAUACCAUCAACGGAAAGAAGGUCGAGAUCGCCGUCAAGAAGAUCAUCUCUGGACAGACCAUCGUCCCCUCGGGCACCUUGGUCAACCCCGAGUCCUUGAAGCUCUACUAUGACAUUCCAGAGCUGAGACAGUAAACACUAUCGAGCUCAGGAAAUCGAUACGAUCAUUAAGAGAGCGUUUACCCCUCCCCUUCCCCCCC